AUGAUCUUACAUGACAGCGCCCAGCGCUUAACGGCAACGGAUGAUCAUUGCACAGAGAGACUCACAGACUCACACAGAGUGAAGCAGCGGAAGCUUGCGAUGGCCCCUGUCAUGGAUACAUACAUGUCUGGUGUCUCUGGUGGCACGUAUACCUACGGCCAGAUCAUGCUGUGCUUCCUGGGCGUCGGGUGUGAGCACUCUCAGUCAGUCAGCAUGGAGGAUUGCAGGCCUGUCAAUUGGCCUGCUGGUGGACAACAUCAGUUGCGAGCGAUCGUUGCCAUGAUUGGCGAUGAUGAUGACGGGAAUGGAGAGCGGCAGUUGCAUGACAUUUGCAUGCUACAGAGUACUGUGAUUUUACUCUUCCUCACCGCCCGUCGCGCGGAGGCCGAGCAGUAG